UCCUCUGCCAGUCUCAGUGGACUGCAUUCAGAUCAGGAGCCAGGAAUCUAAUCAGAAUUGACAUCAGAGAGAUUAGCUGCAGCCUCUUGAUUUCAAAUAAUAACCAUACAUACACAAUCUUUCCCCGUAUUUAGUUUUCUAAAAGGUGGUGGGGCCACAGGGAACAUGAAAAAAAAAUUCCCCUUUCCUGCUUAAAAAGAGCUAAAAAUUGAUGUUUAUGAUGAUGUGGAUGUUAUUUGUUCAAAAGAAGCCUUUCCUUCUGCAAUUGCUUAUUUUUGUGUGGAAUUAGGACCUCAGCACUCUCCUUCCAUUGUUACCAUAGAAACUAAUAAGCUAUAAGGUUGAGGGCACCGAAUCAGAAACAGGAAGUGAAGAAACUGAAAAGUAAAGACUAUAAUCCUACCCUGGAGAGGGAGAGAGGACUGUGAUAGAAGUCUGUUCCCUGCCAGCUUUAUUCAACUUUAUCAGCCGAUAAGAUGGUUGUUCCAGUGAAUGUGAACUAAUCAUGUCCUGGAAAGACAAGCCAAGGGGAUCUAAUCUGGAGAGGAUGGAGUCUGUUAUGAGCCAAUUUUCUGGGAGUUUAGAUCACUACGACCUGCAGGAUGACACUGAUGAGCUAGACUUAAGCUGGCAGACUGAUCAGUGUGAUGGCAAAACAUCAGAGCCAGGACAAAUUAUUUUCCAUACCAUAUACAGCCUUCAUCCAUUCAAAGCACUGGAAUGCAGAAUUUUCCUCGAUCAAGUUCCGAUCUUUGUUCGGAUCACAGAUGUAGAAAGGUUUACUUCAACUACAAGGGUCUUGAAUCCCAACCUCUACACUGUUGAACUGAGCCAUGGGGAAUUCACGUGGAAAGUCAAACGUCGUUUUAAGCACUUCCAGGCUUUGCAUCAAGAGCUCUUAAAAUUCAAGGCCCUGCUGAAAAUCCCCAUACCAACUCGAACUCAUACGGUUCGGAGGAGGUCCUUCAAAGGGCAAAAACGGUUUCAAGGAGGACAUAUCCCAACUCUGCCACGAAGACCAGAUGCCAUGGUGAAGGAAGAGCAGCUGACCAGUAGAAAGAUGCAAUUAGAAGAUUAUCUGAAGAAUUUAUUGAAAAGAACAAUGUACCGGAAUCAUCCUGCAACUCUUGAAUUCUUGGAAGUAAGUCAAUUGUCCUUUAUUCGGGAUCUUGGACCGAAGGGAAUUGAGGGGCUUACUUUGAAGAAGUCAGGGGGCAAUACAUUUCCUGGGUGUUACUGCUGUGGCUCCAACAGUGUCUGCUACAGGUGGUCAAAGAGGUGGCUAGUAGUUAAAGACUCCUUUGUUCUAUACAUGAGACCUAAGGAUGGACAAGUUGGAUCAGUAAUUCUUUUUGAUAAAGGAUUUAACAUCAAAACUGGGACCAAAGAAACAGGAAUUAAACAUGGAGUAUCAAUUGAAAACCUUUCCAGGACACUUACCAUUAGAUGCUCGACUUACAGACAGGCCAGGUGGUGGGGACAGUCCAUUUAUGAGUUUUCACAAAAAUAUGGGACGGACUUCAUGAAAGAAAACCAGCAUGGAUCCUUUGCUCCUGUGAGAGAAAACACAUUAACAAAAUGGUUUGUCAAUGCAGCUGGUUACUUUGACACUAUUGCUGAUGCACUAGAAGCAGCCAAGGAAGAGAUAUUCAUCACAGGCUGGUGGUUAAGUCCAGAAAUCUUCCUGAAAAGGCCAGUCAUGGAUGGAAACACCUGGAGACUGGACUGUGUCCUAAAACGAAAAGCUGAACAAGGAGUGAAAGUAUGUGUUCUCCUGUACAAGGAAGUUGAAGUAGUUCUAGGGCUUAACAGUGAAUACACCAAGAAAACUCUCAUGGGACUUCACCCAAACAUCAGGGUCAUGCGUCACCCUGAUCAUGUCCCCUCGACGAUACUGCUCUGGGCGCACCAUGAAAAGACGGUGGUGAUCGACCAGUCUGUGGCGUUUCUGGGAGGCAUUGACCUGGCUUAUGGGAGAUGGGAUGACCAUCACCACCGUCUCACUGAUGUGGGGAGUGUGAGGAGGACCCCUCAACCUAGCCCUGUGCUUUCUCCCAAACUAACCAGGCAAUCGGCCAUAAUAGUUGAAGAAGAGAUGUGUGAAGCCAAGAGCAGCCAGGUGGGCAAAGACAGUCCAAGCAGUGUGGAGUGGAGCGGGGGCUUGAAAAAAGAACACGCUGAUGAGCGCCUGCAGGAAGAGAGCUGCGGUAGGCCAGCCUCACAGAGCAGCAGGCUUCACACCGCACACUCUGAGGACCCCACCACAGAGGACUGCAGCCACACUUCAGAAGAUCCUGAAGCAGGGUACUGCAGCAGGAGCAGCCUGAGCUCGAGAAAGAUCCAUCCCAGGGAGGUGUCCAACAAAAGUCUGUCUCUUCAGUCCAGUGAGUCUGGGACAUUUCGAACACAGUAUUCAUUGACUUUGCCUCAUGAUACAAGCUCACUCCGAAGUCACAUUAGUAGCAAUGAGCUAUGUGGAGAGGCCAGGUUUUGGCAUGGCAAGGAUUACUGCAACUUUAUCCUCAAGGACUGGGUUAAACUGAACAAGCCUUUUGACGAUUUUAUUGACCGAUAUAAAACUCCCAGGAUGCCUUGGCAUGAUAUAGGAGUGGCAGUACAGGGCAAGGCAGCAAGAGAUGUUGCUAGGCAUUUCAUUCAGAGAUGGAAUUUCACAAAGUUGGUAAAGAAACGUUCCGGUGCAACAUGUUACCCUUGCUUACUACCCAAAUCGCUCUCUGCACCUGUGGAGUUCCCUCUGGACAUGGGCAAAUGCACACACGCCAAUGUACAGGUCUUGAGAUCUGUGUGUCAGUGGUCCAUUGGCACAAAAAUCCACGAAGAGUCCAUUCACUUGGCAUACAUUUCUGCAAUCAGCAAUAGCAAGCAUUUCAUUUAUAUUGAGAAUCAGUUUUUCAUCAGUUGUACUGACAAAACUAUUCACAAUGGUAUUGGAGAUGCGCUAACAGAGAGAAUCCUAAGAGCAUACAGGGAAAAGAAGAAAUUCCGAGUGUAUGUUGUGAUGCCUCUCUUGCCUGGAUUUGAAGGGGAUAUCUCUACUGGAGGAGGUCAAGCUAUCAAGGCAAUCAUGCAUUUUAAUUACAGGACAAUGUGCAGAGGGGAGCACUCCAUCAUCGAGAAACUCAAACGUGUGAUGGCAGAUUGCUGGAUCAACUACAUCUCCUUCUGCGGACUGAGGACUCAUGCUGACCUGGAUGGCAAACUGGUCACUGAACUCAUCUACGUGCACAGCAAACUAAUGAUUGUCGAUGACAACACCGUCAUUAUUGGCUCUGCCAACAUCAAUGACCGAAGCAUGCUGGGCAAGCGUGACAGCGAGAUGGCUGUGGUAGUGGAAGACACAGAGUUCCUUCACUCCGUAAUGGAUGGGGAAAAUUACCAAGCUGGAAGAUUUGCACUGUCGCUCAGAGUAGAGUGCUUCAGACUGGUUCUUGGGCUUCUGGGAGACCUCAGUGUGGAUGUCAGUGACCCCCUCAGUGACAGGUUCUACAAGGAGAUAUGGAUGGUAACAGCUGCAAAGAAUGCCAGUGUGUAUGACAAGGUGUUCAGGUGCGUACCGACUGACGCUGUGCUCAACAAUAAGAUCCUGCGGGAGUACAUGUCUCGCCCAUCCUUGGCCACUGAAGACCCCCUGCUGGCUUGCGAGGAGCUGAGGAAGAUCCGUGGAUUCCUCGUCCAGUUCCCCUUCUAUUUCCUCUCGGAGGAGAACCUCUUCCCCUCAAUUAACUCCAAAGAAGGCAUGAUGCCCGUGGAGCUCUGGACAUAAGGGAACUCUCCUCAUGGCCCUAGAGAGGACGCAAAAGCAUCUCUCGCACUUCCUGCUAAAUAGUGUGAAGACAAGCUCUGUUUCAGUUUUAUUUAUGUCUUCAGCAGAACUGAUCCUACUUCUUUCUCUCCUUGCACUCAGUUUAUGAGGGUGUGAUAAGAGAUGAAAAACCGUAGUGUCUCCCAUAUUAUUCCAUGUGGUUAGUUGCUUGUUCACAUUUUCUUCACAAUGAGUUGUGGAGACAAGUUAGUUUAUUGCUGUUUUAUCAUUCAAUCAAAUGGUGAUAGCGGAAAUUCCCAACUGUGGGUUCAAUUUAUUUCAAAUGAAUAAAUAUUUGUUACGAAUCA